AUGGCUUCCAGUAUCGUUGACUCUCCCGCCACCAUAGCUAGUCUACUUGACACCUUAGCUGCUCUGCCGACCUCCCCUCCUUCUCUCUACCUUGAUCUCGAGGGAACGAACCUUUCACGUCAUGGUAGUAUUUCUAUCAUCGAGCUUCUCGUCCUCCCUCAAAAUCACGUCUACCUAAUCGACGUCCACGUCCUCGGUGAGAAAGCAUUCUCCACCCAAAGCUCUGAUGGCCGGACGCUCAAAGUCGUCCUCGAGUCUCCUGAUAUCCCAAAGGUCUUUUUUGAUGUCCGAAACGACUCCGAUGCGCUCUACAGCCAUUUUAAUAUCAGCCUUGCUGGCGUCCAGGACAUUCAGUUGUUGGAGAACGCUGCCCGCUCAUUCAACCGGAGAUGCGUCAAUGGAUUGGCGAAAUGCAUUGAGAAAGAUGCCACGAUGACCUAUCCCCAGAGAUCUGAUUGGAAAACAGUCAAGGAGCAGGGGAGGAAGCUGUUUGCUCCCGAGCAAGGCGGUUCCUACGAGGUGUUCAAUACACGGCCUUUAGCGGAAGAAAUCAGGAAAUACUGCAUCCAGGAUGUACUCUUUUUACCGGGGUUGUGGUCCACGUAUUCGGCGAAGGUCUCCGCAGCUUGGGCGGAAAAACUACAAUGGACAGGGGAGGCAUAUGGCGUUGGGUCCAUGGCCUUAAAACCCUCCCUAAUGGUGACAAUGGCGAAGGAUGAGGCCAUAGAGCUAGGAAAGGACGUGGGUUUAUUGGCGGGGAUAAAGGCUUCGGAUCUUCAACAGAAUGUACGAGCUGCUCCCUUGAUGAUUGCGGUUAUUGUGGACACUGUUAGACUGGAACCACCAUCAAAGUGA